UCUAUAUAAAACCGAGUCCCAGCCAGUAGAAUUUUGCAGUUUGAGAAGAGUACAUCGAGGAGUUUGAAAAGAUUUCACCAUCAAAAGAAAUAGGAAUUUUUUAAAUCCCAAAAAUUGCAGCUUCACUUUAUAGCGUAUCAAUAUGUGGGCAAUUGUUUUGCUGAUCCUAUCCCUGGGCCUGCUGUACAAAUAUGUGAGGCGUCACUAUACUCACUGGCAAAGAUUGGGAGUGGACGAGGAGAUGGCGAUAAUCCCCUUUGGAGUAAUGGAUACUGUAAUGAAACGAGAACGCAGUUUGGGAAUGGCUUUAGGCGACAUAUACGCCCGGCACGAAGGCAAAAUAGUUGGAAUAUACAUGAUGAAUAAGAGGAGUAUUCUAGUCCGAGAUGCCCAAUUGGCUCGCCAAAUCAUGACCAGUGAUUUCGCUAGUUUCCACGAUCGCGGAGUGUAUGUGGACGAGGAAAAGGAUCCGCUGUCCGCCAAUCUCUUCAACCUCAGAGGUGCAUCGUGGCGAAAUCUCCGUCACAAACUCACUCCAUCGUUCUCCUCUGGGAGAAUAAAGGGCAUGUUCGGAACGAUCGAUGAUGUGGGUGACAAAUUAGUGCAGCACUUGGAGACAGUUCUGGACGAGAAUGACGAAGUGGAGAUCAAGGAUGUGAUGACCACUUAUGCGGUCGACAUCAUAGGUUCGGUGAUUUUCGGCCUGGAGAUAGACAGCUUUAGUAAUCCGAAGAACGAGUUCCGUGAGAUAAGCAGCUCAACGGCUAAGGAUGAGUCUCUGCUGCUCAAGAUCCACAAUAUGUCCAUGUUUAUAUGUCCACCAAUUGCCAAGCUGAUGAACCGUUUGGGCUACGAGAGUCGUAUUUUGACAUCCCUCCGAGAUAUGAUGAAACGCACCAUCGAGUUCCGGGAGCAGCACAAUGUCGUCCGUAAGGAUAUGCUGCAGCUGCUGAUCCGGUUGCGAAAUACAGGCAAAAUCGGCGAAGACGACGACCAAGUAUGGGACGUGGAAACUGCACAGGAACAGCUCAAGUCAAUGUCGAUUGAGAAGAUUGCCGCCCAGGCUUUUCUAUUCUACGUGGCUGGUUCUGAAUCCACAGCAGCCGCUUCCGCUUUUACUCUCUAUGAGUUGUCCAUGUAUCCGGAGCUUUUAAAGGAGGCGCGGGAAGAGGUGGAUGCAGUGCUUCAGAAGCACAACCUGAAGCCCAAGGAUAAGUUCACCUACGAGGCAGUGCAAGACUUAAAGUUUUUGGACCUCUGCAUCAUGGAAACCAUUCGGAAGUACCCCGGCCUGCCAUUCCUCAAUCGAGAGUGCACCGAAGAUUAUCCUGUACCCGGUACCAACCACAUUAUAACCAAGGGAACCCCCAUCCUGAUCUCGCUCUUUGGCAUCCAACGUGAUCCGGCUUAUUUCCCCAAUCCCAAUGGCUAUGAUCCCCAUCGAUUUGAUGCGGAUACCAUGGAUUACGAUCAGGCAGCUUAUAUGCCGUUUGGAGAGGGUCCCAGGCACUGCAUAGCUCUUCGCAUGGGCAAAGUUAACUCCAAAGUUGCGGUGGCCAAGGUGUUGGCCAAUUUCGAUCUCAUUCAGUCUCCCCGCAAGGAAGUUAAGUUCCGCUUCGAUGCCGCCCCUGUUUUGGUUACCAAAGAGCCUCUAAAACUUCGUUUGACCAAGAGAAAAUAA